UGGAAGGGGGAAGGAGCAACCAAACAAAGCAUAGGCAUGGCCAUGGGAGCAUGGUGGGCGAUGAAGAAGAGCUUACUAGUGAAGCUGAGUGUGUAUCUGCUGAUCAUCGCCAUGGCUAACUGCGCUCGGGAUAACCCUGACUCCGUUGCCAAGCACCCUCCCGUAUCCGUAUACACCUGCGACGACAUUAGCGAGACGUGGCGCGGGGGGUUGUGCGCCAAGCACGGCACCUGUAACAAGCCGUGCCGGGCGGAAGGGUACGACUCGGGCUUCUGUGCCGCCUUCCCCUUCCUGUUCUACUGCUGCUGCAAGAAGAACUGUCCCGAGGCUCUGCAGCCACGCAGGAGCAGCUUCGUGUGCGGAUAAUAGUCUACAUUAUUAGUGUACAUGCCAUGUACUAGUAGUAUGGAUGCGUGCAUGCAUGGUUGCUGAAAUAAAUAAAUCUCAUUUCGAC